AUGGUAUUUUUAAGUAGAUUCUUUCAUAAAUUACCCACACCCGUAUGGCAACUAAAAGAGACCAUACCAGGAAAUCGUACAGAUAGAAGAUGGUGGCGUAUGGAAACAUUUCGUUUUACAUUUAAUGCUGAUGGUCGUCGACGACAUUGUUUUAGUAUUGCUAUAAGAUAUAUGAAAAAUCGUUGGCGUUUAGCAUCAAGAAAUCGUCAAAUAAAAAAAAUUUUUUAUAGAGAAUUAUGGGAAACAAGAAUAAAUGCUGGUGCCAUGGAACAUGGUUUACGUUAUCCAACAUUACAUGCAAGUUUAUUACGUCAAAAUAUAUUAUUAAAUAAACCAAUGUUGUCGGAUUUAGCCAUUUAUGAACCACGAACGUUUGAAUGUUUAACAUUAAUUGCUAAACAACAUAUAUCAAAUACUGGAUUAAAAAUUGCUAGAGGACUAAAUCCUGAAGAUCAAGAUAGACCCAUUGUCACAUCAGAUGAUCAUGUUUUAACUCCAACAUUAUUUCGAGAUGUUACUAAACGAUUUUGA